AUGUCAUCGACCAUCUCCCCCCCCGAGCAAUAUCAUCUCACAAACUCGACACCAUAUGUCCCCAACUCCCCUCUCCCUGUUCUUAUCUAUCGCUCCUGUCUCCCUUCGUCCCCGACACCAGCUACAGUCUGCGAGACCUUUGAGCCCAACUCUUGGCUCAAGGGCGGAGUAUUCAAACACUACAAGGCACAUCACUUCCAUUCCCUGACGCAUGAAUGCUAUGCAGUGUUCAAAGGCCGCAGCCGACUGCUUCUUGGACGAGGGCCGCUGGAUGACGGGCAGACUACUGGGAUAGAGGUCGAGCUACAGCAGGGGGAUGCCAUCGUCCUCCCAGCGGGUGUGGCGCAUUGUAACUUGGAGAGUUGGGGAGGGUAUGAGUAUGUGGGCUUGUAUCCCGAGGGAAGCCCGCACUGGGACAAUAAUUUCUGCAAGGCGAACCCCCAGGAAACGGCCGUGAAAGCGGCCAAUGCAAGGAAUGUCCCGAUCCCGGAUUCAGACCCUAUCUUUGGGAAGGAUGGGCCAUUGGUAGGGAUUUGGAGAGAGGCGAUGGAGAGGGCGGGAGAUGUCUGA